AUGGUACCUCUACGGACUCCCUUGCGAUCUUGGACGCACAUUCCCCGUCGAUUCUACUCCGGAGCUCCCACCCCUGCCGCAAAGCUCAAUCUACCUAUUGAUUACAAGACUACUCCAAUUUUACAUCACACUUCCUCCUCUUUGGCAAACACAAAAGACUUCCCCGCGGGUGCCACCAGUAAACGGCUCAAUUUCUUCCAAGCAAUCAACUCCGCCCUCAAAACCGCCUUGUCGAAAUCCGAGAAGGUCCUCCUCUUCGGUGAAGAUGUCGCAUUCGGUGGUGUGUUUCGAUGCUCAAUGGACCUUCAGACCGAGUUCGGCUCAGAUCGAGUGUUCAAUACCCCUUUAACAGAGCAAGGCAUUGCAGGAUUCGCAAUAGGAUGCGCGGUGGAGGGCAUGAAGCCGGUGGCAGAGAUACAAUUCGCCGAUUACGUUUUCCCGGCCUUUGAUCAAAUUGUCAACGAGGCAGCCAAGUUUCGGUAUCGUGAGGGCGGGACAGGGAUCAAUGCGGGCGGACUUGUGAUUCGUAUGCCGUGCGGUGCGGUUGGACACGGUGCUUUGUACCAUUCCCAAUCACCCGAGUCCCUCUUUGCACAUAUCCCUGGUGUCCGGGUGGUCAUGCCUCGGUCCCCGGCGCAAGCCAAGGGUCUUCUGUUGGCGUCGAUUUUUGAGCAUAAUGAUCCAGUGGUCUUCAUGGAGCCAAAGAUUCUAUACCGCGCUGCGGUAGAGCAUGUCCCGAACGAGUACUACACGAUACCCCUCAGCAAGGCCGAAGUCAUCAAGCCUGGAAAGGACUUGACUGUCAUCUCAUACGGCCAGCCUCUCUACAUGUGCUCGGCUGCAAUCUCAGCUAUUGAAAAGGCAAUGCCUGGUGUCAAUGUGGAGCUGAUCGAUCUGCGCACGAUCUAUCCUUGGGAUAGACAGACGGUCAUUGAAAGUGUGAAGAAGACAGGACGCGCUGUGGUGGUGCACGAAAGUAUGGUUAACUAUGGAGUGGGCGCAGAGGUAGCAGCUACGCUACAGGAGAACGCAUUCUUGCGAUUAGAGGCUCCUGUGAAGCGAGUCGCUGGAUGGAGUACUCACACUGGUCUGAGUUACGAGCAGUUCAUCCUCCCUGAUGUUGCAAGAAUUUUCGAUGGUAUCAAACAAACAUUGGAGUACUAG